AAGAUGUUCCACAGUGUCAUGUGGGUGAUUUCCCCCGGCAGUGGUGCGACUCAAGCCGGCUGCUCGAGCAGGGAUGUCGGUAGGUGGGUUUGGUGUGCAUUCGAAGCUUCGCUGCUGUUUAUCUUUGGAGAAAAUUAGGUGUUAGUGCCCGAGAAGUGGAAACCGAGAUUCCGAGGACUUUAGGAAGCAAGUUUAAGAGUAUCCAGAUGAUCCAGGAUGGACCCUGAGCAUCUCCUGAGCAAUGUGAAGAGAGAUAUUCGUGCUCUCCUUAUCUCCUCCAAGCAUGGCCUUUCUUCAGAGCAGCUCAGGAAGGACUACCAGAACAUGCUGGGUCACCCCAUACCCCUUAAGCUCCUCGGUUUUCGCUCGAUGUUGGACAUGCUCAGAGAAAUGCCUGAUACUGUGCGCUUGGACUACGCUCUCGACGGCACCGUUGUGUUAAAAGCAAUUGGGAAUGAGACCACGAAAGGCAUUGAAGAUCUCAUUUCCAAGCAAAAGACCUGCAAACCCAAGCACAAGUUUAAAAGUGGCGGUUCCGGUUUGCUUCCAUCACCUUCCCUCCAUCACCAGGGCUCGUUCGUUCUCCCUCGUCGAGCUCACGCUCCUCCAGCUCUCUCCGCUCAGCUGCGCUCACAGCUCCGGCAGUUACUCAUACAUGGCCCCAUAGGGCUUUCCCAGCUGGAGAGGUGCUAUUCAAUCCGCUUCGGCAGGCCUCUCUGUGUCGCACACUACGGCUUUUACUCCAUCGCUGAGAUGCUCGCCGCUGCUUCGGACAUGAUCACGGUGAAGCAGACUCGCAUGGGCUCGCAGCUGAUACUGAAGACCGAACACACGCCAGUCAGACAGAUGCACAAUCGAUCUCCUGCACUUCCUAAACAGGCUACAGGAACAUCCAGUCAUCCAGUAAUGAAAAAAAUCACGUCUGAAGUACCUGGACAAAUGGCAGUGCUCAGCAACAAUCAGCCAAAAGCGCAGCAGAAAGCCAACAACACUGCAGCCAUUAGAGUUCAGGAGAUUGAACACAUCCAUCUUAAAAAGUCUUAUGAGAAGUCUGUUGCGAAGCUUGAGGAGGAGUUCAGGAAGAGGCUUGUUGAAAGCGGAGACGCUGGCACGGUUAGUCAGGAGCUGAAAGAGAAGCUUCGAAAGGUCGUCGCUGAGCACGGUCAAGGCAUGGCCAUUCACAGUCUUCCUGGUGAAUACAAGAAAAUGUACAGUGAGGACUUGCCCCUGGCUCAGUGUGGCUUCCUGAGUGUGACCGAGAUGGUUGAAGCCCUCAGUGACACGUUCUCUGUGCAGCCAAGCACUGAAGAAGGAGCAAAGCACUUACUCAUCAUGGAACUCAAACCCAAUGAUCAACCAGCUUUCUCUCAAAACCCUUCCACCGAGGGACAAUACUUAAGCUGCAAUGACGGGGACUGGGCGUGUCAAGAUGAUGGAGGAGCGUCCAUGGAUUCUUUAGAGUCCGACCCUGAGAUGGAAAUCGCCACCAAGACCAUCCAUCAGAAACCGGUAGACAUUUUCGCAGUCACGGUUCCUCUGGAUGCGCUGCAGUGCCAGAAGCUAAAACCUCCCAAUCGCUGGAGAGAACGAGAGCUGGUGCCUGUCGUGGUGGAGAAGAUCGAGUCCCCCAGUCUCUUUUAUGUCCGUUUGGAAGACCAAGACUCCCGCACCCUGGAGCACAUGAUGUUUGAAAUGAGGAGUUGUUAUUCCUGCCAAGAGGUGGCUGAGCGAUACCGGCUCCCAGAUGCGUACGUACGACCAGGGCAGGCGUGCUGCGUGGCUCCAGGAGACACUUGGUUCUACCGGGUGGUGAUCCACCGGCUGCUCAACACCAGUGAGGUGGAAGUGUACUACGUUGACUUUGGAGAUCUCACUGCUGUCAGCAGGAGCAGGCUGCAAUUUCUCAAGUCAUGCUAUGCUGAGCUUCCAGUACAAGCUGUUCCAUGCGUACUUGCUGGAGCGAAGCCAGUUAAGCGCGUCUGGAGUAAAGAAGCCACCAGCUCCUUUCAGAAGCUGUGCUAUGACCGCACCCUGGUGGCUGCCAUUCACAGCUACCAGCAUGACUUCCUGCUCACUUUCCUGUGUGACACUCAAACCGAGGAGGAUCUCUACAUCCAUAGUGUGCUUGAGGCAGAGGGUCAUGCUGUAGCCUGCUCUGCUGUUAGCACACCGAUGUUCCAACAGUUCAACCCCGUGGCUCUUUACCUCGGCGAGGGGCAGCUUGAGGAAGUAAAUGACGGAGUUGCAGCAGUGGCAUCUUCUCCUAAUGUCACAAGUCUUACACAACACCUUCAGCCAGAUGCCUCCACAAUACGCAGUCAGGUUUUGACCGAGAAUUCAACGCAUAGCCAAGAAAUGACUCUUUUGGAUCUUCCUGCGCUGGAGUUCAUCGACGUGGCUCAGGGGAAAAACUCUAAGCCGUUGGAUCCAUUGCUGAACAAAGAGCCAGCAAGCUUUGGUAACUGGGAGCAGGGAUGGAGAAAGAAGGCUAAUAUAGAUGAUCAGAAGCCAGAGUUUCUUCAGAAUGGACGAGAGGAGAGUGCAACAACUGAAGUGUUAUCUAUCAAACCGGAGAAGGAUACACAGCCUGUUUUGGAGAGUGAGAAAACUCAAAAACCGGCCGCAAACCAGCAUGUGGUCCGUGAUCAGACUCCGGGUCCGAUCUCCAGCUGCAUCGGACACACGGGUCCACAAAUGUCUGCUGAAUUGUUCCAGCCUCUGUCCACCAACCUGAUGUUUUCUAUGUUCAGCUCUGGAGACAAGCCAAAUCAGGAAGCUCUGUUUCUUCGCCACGUGUCCCCUCUUGCACUGGGCCCCUCGGCCCGCAUGGCAGCCGGAUCAAACCUGCUCCAAUGGUACACACACAAACAGGUUUAAAAUCCACCCCAUUGCCCCUCCUGGCGGUUGCCUAUCCGCCCACCUGCCCAUGCUGACCUGCCCCAGCUACGCCCAUUCCUUUAGAGCGAGGCGGAGUUACGCAGACGCGGUUCCGAAAGUUAUCCAUGUUUGUAUUAUGUUAAAUGUUGGUGGUUUUUUUUUGUCCGCUUUUUUUUUUGUUGUUAUUGGAAAUGUCAUGAAGGAACAUCCAGAUUGUAAAAUCAACCGUAUUAUUGAAACAUUAUCGAGAGAGAAAAUGCAAUAUUGUUUGCGACUGAUACAUUUUUUUUUAUCUAAUGACUUCUCUCAUAUAUUAAUUCAUUAUUAUUGUACUUUCUAAGGUAGAAUUUGUGUUUUUUUGUUUAUUUCUAACUUUCCAUUUUAUCUGUUUUUCAGUUUUAAGUAAAGUUACAUGUACGUUGUUUCGAAUUGUUAUUAUUUCCUUGUUUGGGGAGAAAAAAACCCAGCAGCACCUGUAAAGAGUCUGUUUUUUUAAGAAGA